AUGGCUAAACGAGGUAGAAAACAAAAAAAUCCAUUAUUAGAUGAUUCCGAAGAAGAAGAAUAUCAGGAUGAAACAGAAGAUGAAACAAUUGAAGAACAAGGAGAUGAAAAUGUACAACUAAAUGUUAAUGAAUCAGUACAAGACGAAAAAAUUCCACAACAAGAACAAGGUCAACCACAACAACAAUCAGAAGAAGGUUUACCUGAUGAUUUUGAAGAUCCACCAACUCCAUCAGAUAAAAAUAAUGAUGAUGAUUAUGACGAAGAUGAGGACGAAGAUGAGGAUAUUAAACCAAGGAAAAAACAAAGAGUCGGAAGGCGAAGAGGUGCUUCGAAAAAACAUAUUGAAGAUGAAGAUGACGAAUUUUUUGAUGAUGGAAAUGAAUCGGAUGAAGAUGAUUUAUUAUCAGAAGAGGAGAAAUUUAAUCAUCAGAAUUUUAUAGUUAUUGAUGAAGAAGAUGAUUAUGUUAAACCUAAGAAAAGAUUGAGAAGAGGUAGACCAAGAAGUGAAUCACUUGAGCCAAGAAGGUUUACAAGAUCAGGUAGAUCAUUAGAGGAAGAAUCACACGACGAUAGUAAUAGAGAAGAAGUUGAUUUACGUCAAGAAGUCGCUGAUUUAUAUGAUUCUUCACCAAUGAAUGAUAAUGUACAUAAACUACGUCAAAGAGCAAAAGUUGAUUAUACAAUACCACCACCGAUUACAAAUGAUUUGCAACUAGCUCAAGAAAGAGGUCAUACUCCUAUAGCUUCAAAAGGUAGAAGGGGUAGACCAGCUUUACAAAAAAGUGAUUUUAGAAAUAUUUUAUAUCCAACAGCUGGUCCAUUUGGUGGUUCCGAUGUUAUAUCAUUAUUUGGUAAAAAUAUUCCUCCUGGUGGUAUAUCAUUACCUGGCUUAACGAAUACAAAUAAUUUAACAGCUAUUGGUCAAAAUAUAAGUGAUUCGGAUACUUCAGAUGAUGAAAUACGUCCAGUAAAUGGUGAAGCAACAGUUUCCAAGAAGAAGCCUAGACUAUUAACUACUGGAGGUUCAAAUGAUGAUAAAAAGAAGAAAAACAAUCUUAGUGAUACUGAUCCAUUAGGUGUUGAUAUGAAUAUUGAUUUUUCAGUUGUUGGUGGUUUGGAUAAUUAUAUAAAUCAAUUAAAAGAAAUGGUUGCAUUACCUUUAUUAUACCCAGAAUUAUAUCAAAAUUUUGGAAUUACACCACCAAGAGGUGUUUUAUUUCAUGGUCCACCAGGUACAGGUAAAACAUUAAUGGCAAGAGCAUUAGCAGCUUCUUGUUCAUCAUCCGAUAGAAAAAUUACAUUUUUUAUGAGAAAAGGUGCUGAUUGUCUAAGUAAAUGGGUUGGUGAAGCUGAAAGACAAUUGAGAUUAUUAUUUGAAGAAGCUAAAAAUCAACAACCAGCAAUUAUAUUUUUUGAUGAAAUUGAUGGAUUAGCACCAGUUAGAUCUUCCAAACAAGAACAAAUCCAUGCAAGUAUUGUUUCUACAUUAUUAGCAUUAAUGGAUGGUAUGGAUAAUAGAGGUCAAAUUAUAGUUAUUGGUGCUACAAAUCGACCAGAUGCAAUAGAUCCAGCAUUAAGAAGACCAGGUAGAUUUGAUAGAGAAUUUUAUUUCCCAUUACCUGAUCUAUCUAGUAGAAAACAGAUUUUAAAGAUUCAUACUAGAAAGUGGACACCACAAUUACCAGAUAUAUUUUUAGAAAAAUUGGCUGAAUUAACUAAAGGUUAUGGAGGUGCUGAUUUGAGAGCAUUAUGUACUGAAGCUGCUUUAAAUAGUAUACAAAGAAAAUAUCCACAAAUUUAUUUAACAAAUGAUAAAUUACAAGUUAACCCAUCAAAGGUGAAAGUUAUUGCAAAAGAUUUUAUGAAAGCCAUUGAGAAAAUUGUUCCAUCGAGUGCUAGAUCAACAAGUUCAGGUUCAGCUCCAUUACCAGAACAUUUAAAACCCUUAUUGCAAAAAAGCUUUGAUGAAAUUGUAUAUAAAUUGAAUAAUUUACUACCAAAUUCAAUAGGUCAUAAAAAAUUAACAGCUUUAGAUGAAGCAAAAUAUUUAGAUCCUACAAUAAAUGAUGAAGAUAGUGGUUUUACAAAACAGCAAUUACUUAAAACAUUGGAAAAUUUAAGAAUUUGUCGUCCACAUUUAUUGAUUUCAGGUGAGGAAGGAAAUGGACAACAAUAUUUAAGUGCUGCAGUUUUAAAUCAUCUUGAAGGUUUUCAAGUACAAUCACUAGAUUUAGGCAAUAUGUUUGGAGAUACAACAAAAACACCAGAACUGAGUAUAGUUCAAGCUUUUAUAGAAGCAAGGAGAAACCAACCAUCUAUUAUUUUCCUUCCAAAUAUAGAUAUAUGGUUUCAAGUUUUACCUGAUCCUGCUAGAGCAACAUUAACUAGUUUACUUCGAGGUUUGAAAAGUAAUGAAAAAGUCUUAUUAUUAGGUAUUAGUGAAACUUCAUUGAAUGAAUUAUCAAAUGAUAUAAAAUUAAUAUUUGGUUUUGAAAGUACGAAUAAUAAUGUAAGCUUACAUAAACCAACUAAUUUAGAAAGACGACAAUAUUUUGCAACUUUAGAAUCUACAUUAUUAAUGAAACCUUUUGAAUUUAUCAAUGAUUUGGAAAACAGACCAAAAAGAAAAUUGAAGCAGUUGAAAGUUGUCAAAGCAGAAGAAGUAGUCAAGGAUAAUGAGAAGAAAAUAAAAGAACAAGAGUAUCAAGAUACUAAAUUAAAGAAUGUGUUAAAAAUAAAAUUAGCUGGAUUAAUGGAUUUAUUUAAAGUUAGAUACAAACGUUUUAAAAAACCAAUCAUUGAUGAAAAUUUCUUGCAUCAUUUAUUUGAUGCCACUAUUUUAGAGAAUCCAUUUAACAAUUAUCAAGUCUUAUACGAAAAAUCAACUGAUCCAAAACAUGAGAAUAUGAUUUUAGAAUUAUCAAGUGGUAAAUAUUAUUAUAAUAUGGAUCUAGAUACAAUUGAAGAAAGAUUAUGGAAUGGUUAUUACUCGGAACCAAAGCAAUUUUUAAAAGAUGUUAAAAUGAUUGUUAAAGAUAGUGUUACAUUUGGUGAUAGGGAGAGAUUAUUAAAAGCAAAUGAAAUGUUGACAAAUGCACAAUUUGGAAUUGAUGAUUUUUCAACACCUGAUUUUUUGAAAGCUUGUAAGGAAGUUAAAGAAAGAGAAACUGAAAAGCAAAAGAGACUAUUAAAAGAACAUGAAAAACUAGUUGAACAGUUGGAGAAACUAAAAGAAUCAGAGGCACAAGCAAUCGUUAUUGAAGAUGGUGAGAAUGAAAAUAAAGAACCACAAAAUAAUGUUGAAAAUGGAUCUACAGGAAAUGGUGAAAAUGAAAAAGGAACUGAUAAAACUGGAACCGAAUCUGAAAAUGUGCGUGAUCAUCAAGUUUUAACCGAAGUUGCACAAGAACAUGAUGUAUCAGAUACUACCAUAGUAACUGAAGAACCACAGUUAAAUGGUAAAAUUGAAUCAGAUUCGGAAUCCGAAGCAGAAGAAGAAUUAGAUAUAGAUCUCACUAAAGAAGUUAUAAUCGAUCCACAACAGUUAUCAUCAUUCAAUCAAAAUUUAAAUGAUAUCACUCAAGAUUUUAAUAUAGAAAAAUUAGAAUUUAUAAUGGCAAGAUUAAUGGAUAUCAUAUGGCAAGACAGAUCACAAUGGGAUAAAACAAAUACAUUAAGAAAACUAAAUAAUCAAAUUAAAUCAUUGGAAGUUGGAUAA